AUGGACAUUUCGGAUACAGCAUAUGAGGCCAUCGACUGCGAGGAAGUUCCGCCGGAGUGGAUUCUUCCGGCACUGAUCAAAUUCCACUCAAGUGCAACCGACGAGAGGAUCGAGCGCUGGGUCCUCUUUCAAAAGGAGGGAGAAGUUGGCUUCGAUUUCUGCUUGUACGGCGUCUUCUACCAUGGGCAUAGGCAUGCAGAGGUUGCGAGAGGAGGGUGCUUCUGUAGGGCUCACGUCCCGCCUGGCUUGAGGCAGAGGGCUACCAAGUGUAUCCGGGUUCAGCGAAGCGUUGAAAGUUCUGAGAAGGUGCUGUUUUCUUGGGAACAAGAUAUUGGACCUGCUCCUGUUCUUGGUCGCUUUGAGUGGGGUAGAUGGCCAGCUGUAUACUAUGAAAGCUCAGACGAGCCAAGUCCCUAG